AAUCCGAGCUGAUUUUGAGGCAAGGGAUUCGGACCUCUUCGACAUGCAGUUGUGUCCUCCCCAGUAAAUUAAGUUCGGAAAGGCUCGAUUUGACAUUUAUCCUUCUUGUCAGUUUUCCUGCGGGUUGAUGAGCGGUGAGCGGCCGAGCGGUGGCGCCAUUUUGUGGUGAGGGGUGCGGCGAGGCGGGUGUUGCCGGCAGGCCGCCAUUAUUGUGGGGGGCAAGAGCGGGGCCGCGGCUGGGACAUGCCCAAGUCAUGCGCUGCCUUCAACUGUACCAACAGGUACAGCAGCAAGAACAAGGAGCUCACCUUCCACAGGUUUCCAUUCAGCAAGCCGGACCUUUUGAUAGAGUGGAUGAACAAUGUCGGAAGAGCUGAAUUCAAACCCAACCAGCACACGGUCAUUUGCUCAGACCACUUCAAACCAGAAUGUUUCAACACUUGGGGGAACCGAAAAAAUCUGAAGCAUAAUGCCGUGCCCACAGUCUUCCACUACCCAGAUAACAUGAAGCAGAGACAUCGUGCAAGGAAAAAGCUGAAAGUUAUCGGUGAAGUAACAAAGACUGACAUGGCUGAAGAGAAGCCUGAAAUGGUGCCUGAGCUGGUGCUGGGUGGAGAAGAGGAGAAACUGCCUCUGGCACCUGCUGCUGAAGAUGGUUCCACCAAAGGCAGUGCAGAUCAUACUUACGCUGCCACCAAUCUCAGCAUGAUGAAGAGGAGACUGUUCGCUGCCCUGGAAAAGAAUGAGAAGCUGCGGAAACGGCUGAAGGUGAAGCAGGAGGAGAUGAGGAGGAUGGUGAAAAAGUGGCAAGCAGUCAAGGAUGAACUGGAGACCCUGAGAGCGAAGAGCCUGUCGACACCCAGCGAGGUGACCCUCACAGACAUAGCUCACCUGCAGGACUGUAUAAAUUAAACCACAUGUGUGCGGAGAGCAAAGACUGGAGUGAGUGGGGAGUUCUCACAAUCUCUGUGAGGCGAAACUUGCUGGUGCAAACGAAUUGCAUUAAGUGAUGCUGGAACAAUUUAAAAGGAGAAGGAUAGACUUAUGAUAAUCUGGAAAUUAUAUUUGUGCAGGAGAUUGAGCUGGCCACAAUACAGCAUGGUUGAAACAUGUCAUGCUGUUUUAUUAGUCCAUCGAGAUAUCUCUGAAGCUGAGUCAUAAAGAAUUCUGGCAAUUGGGUUGUCAGAGACUGAACUUGUCAGAAUUGUGCUCUGUUGGUAGCCAGUUUAGGAUUAAAAGUCUGACUGUUUAGAAUGCAAUGUGACUUGCAACCUGUCCUAUCCUUUCAUGCCUGAGUUAGUUUUACUGUCUUAGUUAUAAGAUGCCUUGAUUGCAAACUGUGAACUCCUUAGUUUAUUUUUCAGUUUGUGCUCAAGGCCUUCUCUGAGCCCUUAGGCUAUUUAUGUAUCACAGCAAUCCCUCAGAUAAUCAAAUGUAAGCAGUGGGGAAGCAUAGACUUGUUGUCAGGUCAUGAAUUCUGGGCAGUACUGUUGACCUAAUUGUAUCAUUGGUGGUUAUCUGCUGUGUUGCAACAUAAUUUUGAUGCAGUUUGGGUCAAGCCUUGCACAUCACACAGCUAACUCGAUAGCAGCUCCCUCAGUCUACAGACUGUAAAAUCCUUGCUGCCCCUCUCAAGGAGGAAUUUACAAAACUGCUCCCAACAACCUGAGCUGACACCAAGUUGACACUUUUACUGAACAGGGUACAAAACUGUCCAUAGUGUAAAACCAGCAUGUUUGAGGCAGUGCAUGGAGAAUUUUAAUCUUCAUUGAAUUUAUGAUGUACUGAAACCCUGGAGCAUUUGAUGCCUACAAUGGAUGUACAAAAUGAAAAGCCUUUUUAUAAAGUAUCUCUCAUUUGAACAUCAAAAAUCAACCCCUUUUUAAAAAAAGACAUUUGCUUCGGGGAAUAUAUGCAGGUUGACCCCGAGUUAUAAAUGCCCAAUUUAUGGACGCACCAACAUACAAAAGAGCUACUUUGAUAUUAAAUUCAAAAGUCUGACAUACUUGUAUCCAUUCAUUCCCAUAAAAAGUAGAACUAAUUUACUUUUGACUUUUAAUCAUUGUUCUUUCUUGUCAGUUUUAUAUGAUUUUGAUGCCAUUCAUUGCAGUGUGUGGAGGUAUGGUUACCAUAUCAAGUAAUUUUUGUGAAUCUUCCAACUUGGGGACAGAAUCAAUUUACAGACAUCUGUGAAAAGGGAACUCAUUUGUUCCCCAGGGACAGCCUGUAUAGAGUUCAUAUGGCUUCCGUCUUGGUAGACUCUCAUUUCCCAAUCUACGCUUCGUUAAUCUCAGCCUUAGACAGCAAUUGGAGCUACAUGAGGUCACAGUAAACCAUCAUGAUUAAGGAGAAGUGAAAUUCCUGCUCUGUAUUAAUUUCUAGAAACUCUUAUGAACAAUGAGUCUGUGCUUGCUGUGAAUGAGCAGAUGUAAGCAUUUCAUUGUUGGGGCUGGUCAUUCCCAACUCAAAUUGUCGUCAUUGGGAGAGGUGGAGAGAGAACAUUAGUCAAGGAGAUAAACUGAUCAAUUAGAAUGUGAAUUUGAGAUUCAUGCUAUAACUGAAUUAUUUGGUUGUGGUUUCAGUUUUUAGUUGUAUCUGUCUUCCAUAGGAAUGUACACUGGGGGAAAAUGAGAAUAGGCUGUUAUUGACUAUUGAUCUAGAAGUUUCAUCGUAAUGCACCCACCUUUGUCAGUACCCCAUUUCCACCACAUCUAUCCACCAGUGGACCCUUCUCCACCUUGACACCUGCCAAUGUUUUGCCUGACAUGUCUGGGGCACCGAAAACAGCUAUAAUAGUGAUAGUUAGGAGGCUGGAUUUUCUGUUUGAAGAUUACUAAUGAAUCUACAUCCUUUAAAGUAAAUCAUUUUGGACAUCUAAUUAUUUUAACUCUGUCCCCAGUGGUUCGACCCUCUGACCAUUGGAAACUGUUUCUUGUUAUUUAUUCAAUUGAACUGUUUUUAAUUUUAGGCUUAAUUAAAUCAUCCCUCAAUCACCUUUGUAUGAAGAAGAAUAAUCCCAGUUUUUCUAUUACCUCAGCAAAUCUGAAGUCCCUCAUUUCUCAUUGCAUUUUAGUAAAUCUCCUCUGCACUUUCUCCCAAGUAUGUACGUAGUGUAGUACAGUGUGUAGUUAUAACUGUAAACUAUCCCCAGUUUGCUGAUCUUGGUUGUGUCUACAGUUGGGUUUGCAAAAAGAUGGUCUUCACUGAACUUGCAAAAAAAAAAAAUCAACUGGCAAUACCAUUUCUUCACCGGAUGAUGAUUAAAACAGCAUGGGUGGCAAUCAGGAAAGAGAAAAGCCAAGUUACGCUACGAUUUACCCUGGACAAUGUGCAGACAGACUGGAUAACUACAGAGCGUAUUCAUCUUUGUGGAUAUCCACUUUCCAACAGCUGGAAUAUUUGGAGGGGAAGAAGUAAGGGAACAAUUGUCAUGGAGAGUUGGCAUGAAAUUAUUGCCUAUUUGAUGGUGCACGGAUCUGUGAUUUAUUUACUGAUGUCAUUAAAGCUUAAGUCACUGCUGUUUCUAUUCAGUGAAUGUGGAACACGUACAUCCAAAUCUAAGUGUAUCUUUUUCCGUUAAUGAAAACAUUCUUAAACACAGAUCAAAGACUUAUGAACGUUUGAGGAUUAAACAUGGCUUGGGCUUUAACUGUACUGGAGAUUGAUCUUGUUGCAAAUGUAAA